ACAAACAAAACACAGUAGACUUCCAAGAUGGCUGAAGAGUGGUUUUAGCAAGUUGGCCCACCUUAGGAUAUACUUCUACGCGCCUUGAUUCGAACGUCAGUUUGUUUUGGUUCAUUCCAUUCAUUCGCUUUCGCAGUGUUCGGAUCGUUCAGAUUCCGUAAAUGUAAACAGCUUUGAUUACAUUAAUCUUACUGCAAAUUGCGUCCAUCAUAGUGGAAGAUAAAAAAAAGCAGCAAUGAGCAGCAGCGAGACGUUGUCAGCCUGUUUCACCUGCAUGCGGAAGACGGACACUUUCCUGCGUAUCUGUGACGAGUCCAAUACGGAAUGUGUCGAUCAGGUUCUAUUUAGGCACUUUUGGUUCAACAGAAGCGACUUUGAACAAUCCGUCCUUUGCUCCAGCUGCUGGGAGAAGAUCGAUGAAUUUGACAAAUUCUACUGUGAGGUAGCCAAUUUGCACCAGGCUGAUAUAUUACAUCAUGUACAGAUAAAGGAGGAGAAAUCGGAUGAGAACGAUGAGAUCGCGGUGCAAUCUGCAGCGUCAGAGUGUGGGUCUACAGUUCGAAGAAAAAGGGGUCGAAAACGGAAAAAUGAGCCGGCUGAAGACGAGGUUUUCCAACGAAUUGAGGAAGAAAGUUUUUUACGUGUAGAAGUUGACGAAGAAUAUCCAACAGAAGAUCUGCAAGAACUGAAUCCUUACGAAACGGAGGAACAAUAUAGUAGCGAUUACGAAGAGAACUAUGACGAAAAUAUUGAAGAUGAAGAGGAUGACGCCGAAGAAGAAGAAUCAGAUGAAGAGUCAGCCAAACCGAUUGCGAUACGUCGACGCUCGGCUAGGUUAACCUCAAGCAAUCGACGGACCCUUAAAUCAUCCUCCAUACGAACCUCCGCCAACAAAGAUGAUCUAAUUCGGAAGCAUUUCGAAAAUUUGCGGUGUGAUCAGUGUAGUCAUGUUGUAAAUACUUUCAAUCAACUGGAAUCACACUGCCGAAAGGUACACGAUUCUCCUGCUGUGGUAAUUUGUUGCAAUAGGCCAUACCAGAAGCAGGUCGGACUGUUUAACCACCUCUGUCGACAUAAAAGCAUCUACAAGUUUCACUGUAAAGAGUGCGAUCGGUGUUUCAAGAAUGGGGACGGUCUGAGUAUGCACAAUUUGCUACAUCACACGCCGGAGGAGGAGAAAAAGUUUCGCUGUAAGCUGUGCGAUCGAGCGUUUGCGACGGAAACGUUCCUCACGAGUCAUCUCAACUGGCAUGCCACUGUUGAGCCGAAGAAUAUUAUCUGUCAGAAGUGUAACAAAUAUUUCACAAACACAAAGAUGCUGGAAAACCAUAUCAAAACCCACCACCCGGAGGAACUAUCGCCGGAAGGCUACCCAACCGAUUCUGAAGGGCUUUAUCAGUUGCAACAAUCUUUCGAUGCCUCCGAGGGAUUCGUUGGAUCGGAAUCUAUCAAAUUUGAAUUCGUGGCCGGAGGAGGAGGUGAAACGGGCGAAAGUUCAAUCAGGAGACCACAGGAACUGGCAAAGCCUAUCCGUCGAAAAACACAGCAGGAGUUAGCCAAAGAGGACGAAUUGAUCCGGAGGCAUUGUGCGCUCAACUGUGACCAGUGCGAUUUUUCCGGGGAAACGUUCAGUAAGCUGGAGAUGCAUUAUAAAAACGCCCACGACAUGAAAGGUUACGCGACCUGUUGUGCGCGCAAGUUCAGCAAGAAGAGCCGUCUGUACGAGCACGUUUGUGUGCACGAGAAUCCGGAGCACUUCAAGUGCGAAAUCUGCGCCAAAACGUUCCUCAACAGUUUCGGGCUGUCCAAUCAUAUGAUGUGGAAGCACACGCCCGAUUCUGAGAAGCGGUUCAGGUGCGAUGUUUGCGGGAACCGCUUCUGGAAGGAUUAUUUGCUGAAGCAGCACAUGGAAUACCAUCUGGCACUGGAGGAGAAGAAAUAUGCAUGCAAAGAGUGCGAUCGACAUUUCGGUACGAAUCUCCUACUUAAAUCGCACGAGCAGACGGUACAUGGCUUAAGUGCCAGCUGGGUGUGCGAUAUUUGUGCCAAAGGAUUCCCGCUUAAGUCGGCGCUGGAAUUCCACCGCCAGCAGCACACGAAAGAGGGUCGGGCCGCUCUCAAGGCACAAUGUGAGCACUGCAAGCAGUGGCUGAAAAACAUUCGCAGCUUGCGUAGUCAUCGGAAGCGUUGCACGUCGGAUCCGGUCAAUUGUGACAUCUGCGGCAGACAGUGCUCCAACAUUUAUGCCCUGCAGGGCCACAAAAAGUUUGUGCAUCAGAAUACUAACACGUACUCGUGCGCGUUCUGUGCGAAACCGUUCAAGCGAUUGCUUCGGUUGAAGGAACACGAAGCCGGACACACGGGAGAGCUGUUGUACAAAUGCGAAUACUGCCCGCGAACGUGCAAUUCCAGUUCCAACAUGUACACCCACAAGAAGGUUGCACAUCCGGAGCAGUGGGCGGAAAAGAUGGCCCAUCGGUUUCAUCAGCGGUAACUUAGAGUCAAUCGGUCGGUCGGCCUUUUGGAUUGAUCGUUUUCUAGUGAGACUUUGAAUAAUUUCUCACUGACUUCCACGUGGGACUCACUGGUUUCCCAUUUCAUUUAAAAUUUAUAUCCUUCAACUUCAACAUCGAGAGCAUUGUUUUGAAAUAUUUAAAUUCAUUAACGAACAGUUGUUCGAAAAUUCGAAACGGUUGCUUUGGCAUCUUUUCAUGUCUUUGGAAACCAACCUUAAUACCAUAAAUCAAUAAAUUUGAUUUCAAGCAACUAUAUGCAGAAAGUGCAUAACCUAACAAAUAACAGAAGCUAAUAAAACAUAAAAAUAUGUAAA